AUGACAGUCCAUGCUUACUGUCAACAAAUCAAGGUCAUUACCGAUCUCCUCACCAAUAUCGAUAAACCAGUACCAGAGAAAACUCUUGUUACUUACAUGGUCAAUGGUCUCGAUGAAAAGUUUGAUCAACUAGCUGGAAGCAUCUGCCAUCAAGACCCACUUUCGUCGUUUCUGAAAGCACGCUCGAUGCUUGUUCGUGAAGAGUUCCGUCUCUCCCGGCUUCAACCACAACAUGGAGUUCACCGGGACAAUGCUUCAGCCCUAAAUAUUCUUUUUACUGGCUUCGGGGACUCUUCUCGUCCUCCCUUCAAUUCGACCCAUGGUGAACGCCAAAAUCAGGACCGCCGACAACAGGGUGACUGCCAAAAUCAGGAUCAACGACAACACAAUGACCGCUGA